ACAUUCUUUAUUAAUGCAGCCAUCUUUACUCCGACAUGUGUAUGAAAUAAUUAUUUUGGUAGUUUUAGCCAUUUUAGGUUUAGCACCACCAGUUCUUACAUCGUCGGCUCGGCUUCUGGUUUGAUCUAUCGUCUGAAGCGAACCGCAUAGUGUUAUACCGUAUACAAAGAAUUUUAAUUUCUACUGUAUUUCCUAUUGAGUAUAAUCUUUCGUUGACACAAGAAUGAAGAGCCUAUUUGGAAAAGUUAAAUCAGCUCCACCUCCGUCAGAAACUAUUCUCAAACUUCGUAAAACUUUAGAGCAAUUAGAAAAACGUGAAGAUUACCUAGAGCUGAAAGUUAAGGCGGAAUUAGAAACUGCAAAAAAGAAUGCCAGUAUAAAUAGAAGGGCUGCGCUGAUGGCAUUGAAGAAGAAGAGAAUUUAUGAACAACAGAUUGAAAAAAUGGUGAAUGUUCGGGUGACACUCGAAGCGCAAAUUAUAGCUAUCGAAAGUGCAUCGACCAAUCUUGUCAUAGUGAACUCUAUGGUCGAGGGUAGCCUUGCAUUGAAGCAAAUUAACGAAAGAAUGACUAUUGAGAAAGUUGAGGAUACGAUGGAUAACAUUCAAGAACAGAUAACCCUCGCCAACGACAUAGUGGAAGCUAUUUCAACUCCACUCAUGAACGAUUUAGACGAGGAAGACUUGAAUGCAGAACUAGAAAGCCUGAAGACAAAAGUAUCAGAGAGUGAAACAAAAUUACUCAAGACUCCUGCAGCCUCAUCUUCGCAAACGGCUACAGAUGUGGAAAAACUGGAAAAAGAAGAAGCCGAGGCCAAACUGUGGUCUGGGCUAGAGAUGGAAAUGGGAUUGUAAAUUUU